AUGUGGAUCCGCACCAACUUCAAGAUCAUUGGUUCGUGCAAGUUCAUUGUUACGAGAAUCGAGAAUCACGGUGUGAAGAAGUUGGAUGUGCCCUGUGGAGGGAGAGACUGCAGUGGGGGCUGCCAGUGUUACCCAGAGAAAGGAGGACGGGGUCAACCCGGGCCAGUGGGCCCCCAGGGAUACAGCGGGCCACCAGGAUUACAAGGUUUCCCAGGAUUGCCUGGUCGUAAGGGUGACAAAGGAGAAAGAGGAGUUUCCGGGAUAACAGGUCCUAAAGGAGACGUGGGUGCAAGAGGCGUUUCUGGGUUUCCUGGUGCUGAUGGAAUUCCCGGACACCCAGGGCAAGGUGGACCCAGAGGAAGACCAGGUUAUGACGGCUGCAAUGGAACAAAAGGAGAUGCAGGUCCACAGGGAACUCCAGGCUCUGUGGGCACUCCGGGCUACCCUGGGCCUCAAGGACCCAAAGGACAAAAAGGUGAACCUUAUGCAUUAUCUCAAAAGGACCGUGACAAAUACAGGGGUGAACCUGGGGAACCUGGAUUGGUUGGUUUUCAGGGGCCUCCUGGUCACCCUGGACACAUGGGAGUCAUGGGUCCAGUUGGAGCUCCAGGAAGACCAGGACCACCCGGACGCCCUGGACCAAAAGGGCAACCAGGCAACAGAGGACUUGGUUUUUAUGGAGAAAAGGGUGAAAAGGGUGACAUAGGGCUCCCAGGACCCAAUGGAAUUCCAUCCGAUGGCGAUCGGGCCAGCACUGGACCCACGAAAGAUACGAUUCACCCAGAACAGUAUAAGGGUGACAAAGGCAGUAUGGGGGAACCAGGAAGAAAAGGCAUUUCCUUGAAGGGAGAAGAAGGAGUCAUGGGCUUUCCGGGAAUGAGGGGUGCAGCUGGCUUCGAUGGUGAAAAAGGAAUAAUAGGACAGAAAGGAAGUAGAGGACCUGAUGGUUACCAAGGCCCUGAUGGACCUAAAGGAUCCAAGGGAGAAACGGGUGACCAAGGCCUCCCAGGACUACCUGCUUACUCUCCUCAUCCUUCCCUAGCCAAAGGAGUUAGAGGCGACACAGGGUUCCCAGGAGGUCCUGGGGAACCAGGAUUCCGAGGUGAGCCAGGAGACCCCGGCCCACCAGGUUUCCCUGGCAUACCCGCUGGACGUGAAGAUGAGAAGAGAGGCUUACCUGGAGAAAUGGGACCCAAAGGCUUCAUAGGAGACCCAGGCACCCCUGCUCUGUACCCUGGGCCACCAGGAGUUGAUGGAAAGCCAGGACUCCGAGGACCCCCAGGUGCCCCUGGGCUACCUGGACCAGAUGGUUUUCUUUUUGGACUGAAAGGAGGACCAGGAAGAGUGGGCUAUCCAGGGCCUUCUGGGUUCCCUGGGGCUCGUGGACAGAAAGGGUGGAAAGGAGAUGCUGGGGACUGCAAAUGUGAUGACCAGUUCAUCCAGGGUCUUCCAGGAUUGCCAGGCCCCAAGGGCUUUUCAGGUGUUAAUGGAGAGCCAGGUCGGAAAGGGGAGCAAGGUGACCAGGGUCAGCACGGAAUUCCUGGCUUCCCAGGGUUCAAGGGAGCACCUGGUGGCAUUGGACUUCCUGGGCCCAAAGGAAUAAAGGGAGAUUCUAGAACAAUUACUACCAAAGGUGACAGGGGACAACCAGGUAUCCCAGGUGUGCCUGGUAUGAAAGGUGAUGAUGGUAUCUCAGGGCGUGAUGGUCUCGAUGGAUUCCCAGGCCUCCCAGGUCCUCCUGGUGAUGGCAUCAAAGGUCCUACAGGGGAUUCCGGUUAUCCAGGAGUACCUGGAAACAAAGGAAUUCCAGGUGAAAUGGGCCCCCCAGGAUUAGGCUUGCCAGGCCCAAAAGGCGAACGCGGCUUUCCGGGAGACAUCGGAAUACCUGGCUCUCCAGGCUUUCCCGGUCCUCCUGGUACCCCAGGCACUCCCGGAGAAAUAGAUUGUGAUACAGAUGUGAAACGACCCUUUGAAGGACAAGACGUUGUUCAUCCAGGUUGUGUUAGAGGGCCCAAGGGAACACCAGGCUUGCCGGGACCACAAGGCCCCUCAGGUACCAAAGGCCUCAGAGGAAUACCAGGGUUCUCAGGACCUGACGGAAAUCCAGGACUCAAAGGUUUGCCAGGAGAACCAAGUCAUGAAGGAGUCCCCGGACCACAAGGAUUUGUGGGACCCCGAGGAUCAAAAGGUGCCACAGGAUUCCCCGGGCCCGAGGGACAGCCAGGCCCCAUAGGCCUGCCCGGCCCAGGGGGACCACCAGGUGAAAGGGGGCUGCCUGGAGAAGUCUUGGGAGCUCAGCCCGGACCUCGCGGAGACGCUGGACUGCCUGGAUACCUGGGACUGAAGGGCCAGCCUGGAGACAGGGGCCCUCCUGGAUUCAGAGGAAGCCAGGGGAUGCCUGGAAGGCCAGGACUGAAGGGUCAGCCAGGAUUCCCAGGACCUUCAGGCCAGACCGGACUUCCUGGACCUCCCGGACUGCAUGGGUUCCCAGGAGCUCCUGGCCAAGCAGGACCUUUGGGACUGCCAGGUGCCCCAGGUCACGGAGGUCUGGCUGGUGACAGAGGAGACCCAGGAGACUCAGGUAUCCCUGGCCCUGUGGGCAUGAAAGGACUCUCUGGUGACAGAGGGGAUGCUGGCUUAUUGGGUGAGAGAGGCCAUCCAGGAAACCCCGGAUUCAAAGGAAUGGCCGGAAUGCCUGGUAUCCCUGGGUCAAAAGGAGACAGAGGUUCGCCUGGUAUGGAUGGCUUUCAAGGCAUGCUUGGACUUAAAGGAAGACCUGGGUAUCCAGGAAACAAAGGAGAGUCUGGAUAUUUUGGAAGUCCUGGUCCGAAAGGUCUGUCAGGUGAACCAGGUGUUAAAGGCAGCCGUGGGGAUCCUGGCCCCCCAGGACCACCUCCCAUCAUCCUGCCAGGAAUGAAAGAUAUUAAAGGGGAGAAAGGAGAUGAAGGCCCUAUGGGAUUGAAAGGAUACCUGGGUAUAAAAGGUUUUCAAGGUAUGCCAGGGAUCCCUGGAGUGACAGGAAUUCCUGGAGUACCUGGGAUGCCCGGCUAUGUCAAAGGAACAAAAGGAGACAUUGGAGUCCCCGGUGUGCCUGGUCUACCAGGAUUCCCUGGUGUGUCUGGUCCUCCUGGGAUUAUAGGAUUCCCAGGGUUCACUGGAAGUAGGGGUGACAAAGGUGCUCCAGGGAGAGCCGGCCUUUACGGGGAGAGUGGACGGACAGGUGACUUCGGUGAUAUUGGAGACACCAUAGAUUUACCAGGAAGCCCAGGUCUGAAGGGAGAACGGGGCAUCACUGGAACCCCAGGUCUAAAGGGAAUCUUUGGAGAGAAAGGAACAGAGGGCAGCUUUGGCUUCCCUGGGAUAACAGGCAUGAAAGGAGCCCAGGGUCCACCCGGACUUAAAGGACAAACAGGCUUUCCAGGGUUAACAGGACUUCAGGGUCCACAGGGAGACCCAGGACGCAGUGGACGGCCUGGCGAAAAAGGAGACUAUGGUUGGCAAGGGGUUCCGGGUUUGCCAGGUUUUCCAGGCAUCCGAGGAAUUGGUGGACUACAUGGCUUGCCGGGCACCAAAGGCUUUCCAGGAUCCCCAGGCGCAGACCUCAGUGGGGACCCAGGCUUCCCAGGUACUACUGGUGACCGCGGGGACCCAGGAGAGCCCAACACCUUUCCAGGCCCUUCAGGAGUACCAGGACAAAAGGGGGAGCAAGGACCACCAGGGCAACGAGGCCCAGUUGGGAGUCCAGGCCUGCAGGGAUUUCCAGGCGUCACUCCUCCUUCCAACAUCUCUGGGUUACCCGGUGAUAUCGGAGCACCUGGAAUCUUUGGUCUGCAGGGUUACCGAGGCCCACCAGGACCACCUGGACCUGCUGCUCUUCCAGGAACCAAAGGAGAUUCCGGAACCCAAGGAGCUCUAGGCAACCCAGGCACCAAAGGAUGGGUUGGGGACUCUGGACCCCAAGGCAGACCUGGGGUAUUUGGUCUCCCUGGAGAAAAAGGACCCAGAGGCGAACAAGGAUUCAUGGGAAACACCGGUGCGUCAGGAAUUGUGGGUGACAGAGGCCCCAAAGGACCCAAAGGAGACCGAGGAUCCCCUGGUGCCCCUGGUGCUCUAGGGUCCCCAGGGAUUGCGGGAAUCCCCCAGAAGAUUGCUGCUGAACCAGGGACCUUGGGUCCCCAUGGACGGAGAGGUCAUUCCGGUGCCCAAGGAGAGAUGGGGCCCCAGGGCCCUCCAGGAGAACCAGGUUUCCGUGGGGCACCAGGAAAGUUGGGCCCCCAGGGAAGAGGUGGUGUGUCUGCUGUCCCUGGAUUCCGGGGAGACCAAGGACCCAUGGGUCAUCAGGGCCCAAUUGGCUAUGAAGGGGAGCCUGGCCGUCAGGGAAGCCCUGGCCUUCCCGGCAUGCCUGGCCGCAGCGUCAGCAUUGGCUAUCUCCUGGUGAAGCACAGCCAGACAGACCAGGAGCCCAUGUGCCCCGUGGGCAUGAACAAGCUCUGGAGUGGAUACAGCCUGCUGUACUUUGAAGGCCAGGAGAAAGCCCACAACCAAGAUCUGGGACUCGCGGGUUCCUGCCUGGCACGAUUCAGCACCAUGCCAUUCCUGUACUGUAAUCCUGGGGAUGUCUGCUACUAUGCCAGCCGUAAUGACAAGUCCUACUGGCUCUCCACCACUGCCCCACUGCCCAUGAUGCCCGUGGCUGAAGAUGACAUCAAGCCCUACAUCAGCCGCUGCUCUGUGUGUGAGGCCCCAGCUGUAGCUAUUGCUGUCCACAGCCAAGAUGUCUCCAUCCCACACUGCCCUGCGGGUUGGCGGAGUCUGUGGAUCGGCUAUUCCUUCCUCAUGCACACAGCCGCAGGGGAUGAAGGAGGUGGGCAGUCUUUGGUGUCCCCUGGCAGCUGUUUGGAGGACUUCCGGGCCACACCUUUCAUCGAAUGCAACGGGGGCCGAGGGACCUGCCACUACUAUGCCAACAAGUACAGCUUUUGGCUCACCACCAUCCCCGAGCAAAACUUCCAGGGCUCCCCCUCUGCGGACACCCUCAAAGCCGGGCUCAUCAGGACACACAUCAGCCGCUGCCAGGUGUGCAUGAAAAACCUGUGA